AUGUAUCGCGAAAUCGAAGAAGCAGUAGCAUUUAUUGCCGGUUACUUUUACUACAAAUUGCCAAGAAGCCGAGUGGACUUAUUUGCAGUCAGACUGGCAAAUAUAAUUCUGAAAAACUGUAGAAAAAUCAUCUCAGAAGACAGACAUAAGAAGCUCAAAAAAAAUAGCAAGGAAGAAGAACAUAAUAUUGACAUAUUAACACGCGAAGUGAUCAUUGAAAUAAACUGUAAUGGCAAACUAGCUGUAGCAAUCGUAGAAGCUACUUCUGUCUUCGACAGUGCCUUGCUUCCCAAUGCUGUCAAACUUCAUAUAAGUGAGGGUAUGGUAAAAUAUAGUUUCCGAAGUAAUUUAAUAUGUCUCUACCGAAGCGACGGCAAUAUGCAUCACAUACAUCGAAAAGCUUACCAUACUCAUCUAAGACCACCCUUAACUACCGUAGCAGAUAAUGACAAUCGCAAAUUUUUUCAGGAUACAUUCCCACGUCGACAACAUCAUCAUAGAAAGAAGUACUGCAUCAGUACAAACGACAAUAAACAAUUACGUAGAAUGAUAAAAUCAGCACACUACUGGUAUAAGAAUCAGCAACUACCAGGACCAACAAGAUCUGCCAAGCUUUCUGGCAAUGGCUUUAUGCAUCCAACCUUACCUCCUAGCUACAAUCGUAAAUGGAAUUGGAAUUAUAAUCAGAUGUGCAGGAGAUUCCAAAAUGAAAACAAAAUAUCUUUUGGAAAAAAUGUAUUUGAAAAAAGAAACUAUUCUACAAUAAGCACCAGUAAUAGAAUCCAAAAUCCUAAAAGUCAAAAUUUUUCCUUCAAAAAUCCUAGUGGGGGUGAUUAUGUCACUAGAAAAAAAAACCACGAUAAAAACACACUGAUAAAUGAUCAAAAUUUUUCUUCCAAAAAUCACAAUGGAGGCGAUUAUGUCACUAGAAAAAAAAACUACGAUAGAAAUACAAUCAUAAGUGAUGAUGUCUUACGCUCAUUUGGAGUCAUCGCUUCCUAUCAUACGGUAAACCCUUAA